AUGUUUUUUUAUUUUCGUUGUAGACUUGACAAAUAUAAAUAAGAACACAACAUGUUUUGUUCUUGUUUAUUUAUUAAGUCAAGCUGACAACAUCUUUGCUUUUGUAAUAUAUUUAUUAGUCAAAACAAGCUGAAUUUCGUACUAUUCACAAAUCUUCUGCAUUCCUUGACAUCCAAUGUAGACGUUUCACCAAUUAUCCUGUUGGCUUCUUCAGAGGUUAACAAACUGCUCAUAUAUUGUUAUAUUGUUUGAGGGUUCGGAGUUAAAAGAAGGGGUGUGGUGGGGUAUGAACAUGAUCUUGGAUGACUGAUUCCCAUAUUGACUGAGUCGCGGUUAAGAUUGUUUGGUUGCUUAUAGAUUUCUAUAGAUUCUCGGAUCUUUCUUUGGUUGAGGAAUUGAUUGCAUACAACAAUUUUAUUUUUAUCAAAUAAAAUUUAAUGUCCGGUUUCGUGACUGUGAUCGGCGACUGUUGAUGAGUUUAUUUGUCGUAGUCUUAAGGCUCUUUCAUGUUCUUUGAGCAUAGUUGAUAUUUUUCAUCCUGAAUUUUGUCUCUGACGAAUCGAAGAUGUUGAGAGAUUUUUUGACGUUAUAUUUCUUAAUAACUUUUUAUAUGUUGUCAGUGAGUUUUCAAUGUAAGGUAGGACACUAGUAGCAAGUGUGGGGUUGCUUUCGGACUCAUUGUAUUUGGAAGGUUGUGGUGAAGUGAGUGUGAGUGUGAGUGGUGAGCCGGAGGGUAAUGUGACAAUGCAUUAAGGUAUCAGGCUGUAGGCGUAGGUUUUCUGUAAACAGAAUGAUUCAAUAUUAGGUCUGAUUUUAGGUCAUUAGUUUCUAAUUCAAUGGUAAAACGUAUGUUAAAUGGUCAAGGAAAUUUCGGAGGUUUUCUAGACCAUACAGCCAAAUAAAAGUAUCUACCAACGAAAAAUCCAAGAAUCUGUAGAAAUCUAUAAGCAACCAAUCUCAACCGGGACUCAGGUCCUUUCACCAAUGUGCAUGCCCCCUCAAACAAUAUAUAAGUUAUUCGAGUAGAAUGCGACACAGUUUCAUUUAAGCUGUAAAGAAGCCAACAGGAUGAUUGGCGAAACGUCAGCAAGUUCGACUCAGUAAAAACCGACGCAGGAGGAAUCCAGAUGAUGUAAAUAUACUACAGUAGCCUGUGCAAGUUUUUUUGAAAAAUGAAACUGACUAUUUUAAUUUAAAUACUUUUACAACCAUCAGGUUCUUAUAAACUAACCUCCCUGCAAAUUCUGCAUCCUACCAUAAAUAUACAUACAUACUGUGGCGUAUUUGAGAAAAUGAAUGAAAAUUUUGUAAAUUUUGGACGCCCUGUAAGCGAUAAAGAGUAUCAAUUUCUCAGAAACCCAAAAAUGAAAUAAUAUACCGGGCGUUCCAGUUUGACAUGGAGCGACUUAUGUAAUUUCACGGUUUCGUUUGAUGAACGCGAACAAUUUUAGUUGUUUCAAAAACGUAUAUUUUAAUUUAAUUAUAUGAAUUGAUUUUUAGGAACCAAUGCAAGAAUUUCUUAGCAUAUAUUUGUUAAUGCUUAGUUUGACUACAGCAUAAAUUUCUCCUGUCUCGUACUAUUCUAGGCGUAUCUUUUUUACCCGCAAGUUUCCCCUGUGGGCGGGUUAUAUUUUUCUUUUUCGGCAUACAGCGUGAUUUACAAACGAAGACGAAACAUUAUUCGAGAAGUAAAUGAAACCUUUAGAAAAUAUUAGAUCUUUUCUAUAAAGUUUUUAUCUAGGACGUUUAAAUUUGUUAAAAAAUUUGUUCAACGGAAAAACCAAUUUUCACUUCCUCUACAUAUUUUAAAACCGAGUGAGAGAACUUGGCACAUUGAUUUACACAAACUGCCAUUUUGCCACAAUUUCGAUAUUCCAGUGGCGGAGACACAGGGUAAGUAUUAGUGAGUAGGUAUUAAUUUUAUAAAUAAAAUAGUAGGGCCACUGGUUUGUUGUAACAGUCACAAAAUUUUUGGAUUCUAAAUUCAAUUCUCUAUAAAUUCUUUCUUAAAAAAUAUGUCUUUCAGAUAAGCUUGUUUUUAGUAUAAUUUAAAAAACGAUAUAAAAUCACAAUUAGAUUUGAAAUUUUAUAGAAGGCAUGCAAUUGGAAUUUUGAUAUUCUAUCAAUAAUGGAACUAUUUUUCUAAUUUGUUUUACUAGAAAAUCAAAUAAAAAAUUUAAUGCCUUUUUAAGAUGCAUGCAGAAGUAGUAAUUUACAAAAAAAUUAAAGAUGAAUCCAAAAGUUUCAAUUAUUUAGGAACUAUUUUAUUAUUAUUAAAAAUAAUGUAAAUAAAUUAAGUCCAGAUCUUGACGUUUAACACACUGUAUCAUUUUAACGAAGUAUCAUAAAUAAAAUAAGAGCUCACUCGAACGCAAUAAGUUAACAUAUAAUUUUUAAAUGAUUAAUAAAUGCGAAUAUUACUGAAAAAUAGAUUUGUGUAGGGAAACUAUAAUAUCAUUGUUAUAUGAACAUCUUUCCUUUUUUAUAUUAAUUUCUGUAUUGCACGCUUUUAUGAAAUAGAUCUACAAAAACAUUUUUUCAAAACAGUGAUAAAUAAGACAGAUAUAGUACUUUGUCGUACUAGUGCUCCUCUCUGUAUGUAUAAGUCAUAUUUGGUAUUAAUAUUUUAGAAAUUAUCCUUUGAUUUUGAAAAUCUGUAACUAAAAGCAUUUGUAUUAUUGUAUUAUUAAUUUUUUGCUCAGAAUACAAAAUCAGAAUAAUCUACAGGGUGUUCUAUUCAAAAUGUUACGUAUGUGCUGUAUACGAUGGAUUUUUGGAACUAAAAGCGUAACUUGUAAUAAGCACAUCAAAAAUAAUAAAAAAUAAAAAUAAAUUUUUAAAAUUUGUUCUUAAAGAAAUUCCUUAACAAGCUGUAAGUAGUUUUGCAAGUAUUGCCUGAUCUUAUCUGAUCAUUACAUUAAUUUCAGAAAAUGAGAUUUGUUUGACAGGAAAUGUUAUGAUUUUUAUCAAACAGAUAAUACUUUGAAGUACCCAAAUAUCUAGAACAAAUGGAAUAUCUGUACUUAUAUAGUGAAACAGGUCCACUUAAGCACUCUAGACUAUUUUUCUUACCGUAGGUAAAUUAUAAGGAAGGAGAAAUUUCGGCAAAAUGAAAACUAUAACGAUUUUGGUUGUAAUAGCCAGUUACAUUUCAGCUGGUCCUACGAACCCCUCAGGACGUAUUUCAUAUGGUGAAGUCGCUGAACGCGGUCAAUUUCCCUAUCAGGUAUCAGUUCAACUCUCUCUAGGAUUUACAUUCUAUCCUUCUUGUGGAGGAAGUAUUUUGUCACCUGAAUAUAUUUUAACUGCCGCCCAUUGUUUUCCAAUUCCCGGUGCAGCAAGUUAUCAAGUGCUUGCAGGGAUAACUAAUGUGUACGAUGUCAACGUAGGAGAACAGAGGCGAAACGUUUUGAAUUACGUCAUACACGAACUUUAUCAAAGUGGAUUUGUCCUAGCUUCUCCUCAUGACAUUGCCGUGGUGCAAUUAACAGAUCCCCUUAUCUAUACCGACACCAUCAAACCCAUUGCUCUUCCUCCUGUAAAUGCAGAAUUCACAGGAAUUGCUACCCUUUCAGGUUGGGGUGAGACUGAGACAGGUAGAGAAUCAAGUAUUUUGUUAUAUGCAGAAAUACCACUUAUCGAUGUGACUGAAUGCAAUAAUGCUCUGGUAAAACUUAUGGAUCCUAGAGCGAAUAACCCGUUUGAUUCGCAGACCAACAUUUGCACCUUUUCGACAACAUAUCAAUCAUCAUGUACUGGGGAUUCUGGUGGACCGUUAGCCUUAAAUGGAACCCUCAUCGGUAUCGUCUCUUGGGGCAUGGGGAACUGCGGGGACAAGAUCUACUCGCCGUCUGUUUACGUUAAAGUAUCAAAAUAUAUAGAUUGGAUACAACAGCAUUCUGACUUGUGAUUCUAAAAACAAUGGAUAAGCUGAAUAUUUUAAAAAGAGAAUUUUAUUCUUUCCUUCCGCAAUAUGAUACAAAAGUGAGGGAAUGCAGCUGUCUUACAAAUGUUUUCUUAAAAAAAACUGCUAGUAGUAAUUAUUCCAUCAACAAUUGCAUUGCAUCGUAAAACACCUCGUUUUUUCUUUAUUAUUAAAGUAGAUUAUACAAAUCCAAAAGAAACAUAUUUUUUAGAAGUAUUGCUCACUGUUAAAACAUAAAUUUAUAGUGGACGUUCUGAACUCGUAAAUUUUUAAACAUCAUCUUCGGUGAAAUUUAAAUCGUCUACCAAACGAAACAGCCAGUAGCUGAUAUCACGUGCCUUACUGCACUGCACUAGUAGUGUGCUCGUAUUUGGCAAGCCUUUACAUGACUCAUAAGUUUUAGGUAUGAAGAUUUUUCGGAAAAGAGUUCUCACUUCAGAAGUUGUGCUUCAUAAAGCACGACCCACUAAUAGAAAUAUGUUGCCAUAUACAGGUCGUUAUUGAAAUAACCUUAUAUAAUUAUUUUUUUGUAACCUUAUUCAGUCCAUCAGGACUAUGAUAGCGCUAUUGGACAUCUCAUUAUCAAACAACCGAUAUACCUACCGUAGCAACCACUUAAUGCAUUUUUUUAUGGUUAUGACCGUCUUGCGUACAAAUUACCAUACAGAUUUCAGUUAAUUAUUAAUAAGCAACAACUUUAAAUGACUGUAAAAGUUGGUUGUACCAAAUCAUUGAUUGUAACUAAAAUUGUGACAACUCAUCUGUGUAAAUACUGCUAUUCUAUAAUAAAUACUGCUUGCGAGGUGCGCAGAAAGAAAGGAAAUGAACGAAAAGAAGGAAAGGAAACUGCGCUACGGACAAAAUUCGUGCUACUAACGUCAAGAAUAAAAAUAAUUUAAUUUUGGUUACGUACGUUGUCAUUUCAAUUAAAAGUGUUUGUCAAUUAGCCAGAGUUUACUGCCUAUACCUAUUUCGAACGAGAUUUAUGUGCAAUAAAUGAAUGA